AUGAAUAACGUUAUUAAAUCAUCACCACCAAUCAAUAAUUCCAUUCCUGCACAAAAUGAACGUAUACAACGUCGUGAUUUUCUUAUUCUUGCACUAAUAUUCUUCAUUUCAAUAUCAAGUUUAUUAACAAUUUAUAUUCUAUUUCCAGAAGUUGAUAUUUCGGAAAAAAAUGCAUUUAAAAUUCCCAAAACAAUUGAUGAUGCAAAAUUUCUUGGAAAUGUUUUAUAUAAAUAUAGUAAACAUCAUCGAUAUAUAAUUAUGCUUGCUUUCUUUUCAACAUAUAUUUUUUUACAAACAUUUGCUAUACCUGGUUCAAUAUUUUUAAGCAUUCUAGCAGGAUUUCUUUAUCCAUUUCCAUUAGCAUUAUUUUUAGUAUGCUUAUGUUCAUCAAUAGGUGCUAGUCUUUGUUAUUUACUAUCGAAAUUAUUUGGACGACAUAUUCUAUUAAAAUAUUUUCGAACAAGAAUCAUCGAAUGGCAACGAAAAGUUCAAGCACGAUCAGAUAGUCUUCUAUGGUUUAUGAUUUUUCUUCGUAUAACACCUAUAUUACCUAACUGGUUUAUAAAUGUUUGUUCACCAAUACUUGAUGUUCCAUUAAAACCAUUUUUUCUUGGUACAUUUGCUGGUGUAGCAUUACCAUCGAUAUUAUUUAUUCAAGCUGGACAAACACUUCAUCAAUUAUCAUCAGCAUCUGAUGUAUUUUCAUGGAGUUCAAUAAUAAUGCUUGGUUCUUGCGCAAUAUUAUCAUUACUUCCAAUUUAUUUCAAAGAUAAAAUUAAGAAUUUUUUUAAAAAACAAAAUUAA